GCGCCGUCAACAUGCCACUGACAAGGUGGGCAUGAGCUGAACUUCACUCACUGCUAAACAACAUUAUUCCCGUUCGCCCAAAGUAUUUACAACAGCGGACUACCAUGUUUGUGUUACGCAACGCUGCUGUGCUCGAAACGCCCCGCUGUGCGCAGGUGUGAGGAGGAGGAGGAGGAGGGUGACUGUGCAAUAAAAGUCCAUCAAAUAAAUGCUGUCAUGCAGAGCGAUGACUGACAAGAGCGCGCCGUCAGUGUCCGAGCUGCUGUCCGAGCAGUGAUCUGAAACACAGUGCAGCCGAGAAGCCAAAAGUCAGCUCACACCAUGUCGAAAGCCGGCGGUGCAGAGCGGGGAUCCGGAGCCGGGACCAGGCGGUUCAUCAGCGGGGUGGUGGAGGGAUUUUAUGGGCGACCAUGGACUAUGGAGCAAAGAACAGAGCUGUUUAAAAGGGAACAGAAGUGGGGUUUGAACACGUACCUGUACGCCCCCAAGGAUGAUUACAAACACAGAAUGUAUUGGAGAGACCUGUACUCUGCUGAGGAGGCAGAACAACUGAUGGCACUGAUAUCUGCAGCCAAAGAGCAUGACGUCGAGUUCAUCUACGCUAUCUCCCCUGGCCUGGACAUCACCUUUUCUAACCCCAAAGAGGUUGCCACCCUCAAGAGGAAACUAGAUCAGGUGAGGGAGUUUGGCUGCAGGUCGUUCUCUUUGCUGUUUGACGACAUCGAGACGGAGAUGUGUCCGGCUGACAAACAGGCGUUCAGCUCCUUUGCCCAUGCUCAGGUUGCCAUCACUAAUGACGUGUACCAGCACCUGGGAGAGCCCGAGACCUUCCUCUUCUGUCCCACAGAUUACUGUGCUGCAUUCUGCACUCCCAACGUGUCCCAGUCCUCUUACCUCAACACUGUGGGAGAGAAGCUGCUGCCCGGGGUCGACGUGCUGUGGACGGGUCCCAAAGUGGUAUCCCACCACAUCUCUGUUGAGUCCAUAGACGAGGUGUCUUCUGUCCUAAGGAGGGCGCCAGUCAUCUGGGACAACAUCCACGCCAACGACUAUGACCCCCAGAGGCUCUUCCUCGGACCGUAUAAGGACCGUCCCACCGAGCUGAUUCCCAAAUUGAAAGGGGUGCUCACCAAUCCCAACUGUGAGUUCUACCCAAACUUUGUGGCCAUCCACACUCUGGCUACAUGGUGCAAGGCCCCGGCUGAGGGAGGACAGAGGGACGUGGAGAUGAGCGAUGAGGAGCAGGACCUCUGCUACAGCCCCCAGAAAGCCCUGACCCUCGCCCUCACUGACUGGCUGCAGGAGUUUUUCAACACGGACCAUCCAGGAGGUCCUAGUCGUCAUCCCGCUCGCCUGAAGAAAGAAGCCUCAGACGAGGAGCCCAUGCAGACAGACCUGGGGGAGGCCACGUACGUCCCGGGACCCAAGGAGAACCCGCUGUACACCGCAGAGCCGCUGACCUUGGAGGACCUGAACCUGCUGUCGGAGCUCUUCUACCUGCCGUACGAACACGGGGCCACAGCCAGGACCAUGCUGCAGGAGCUGGACUGGCUUAAAAACCACAGCAGGGCCGCUACCGUACAGACAGACAAGACAGCCGAGUGGUGCUCCCGAGCGCAGCGUUUUGACGACAUGUGCGACGCGGUGGUGCAGAUGUUCAACCGCCUGUCGAACGCACCCAACCGUAACAUCCUGUACGACCUCUACAACUACAUCUGUGACAUCAAGAGCGGUGUCGGCCUGGCACGAGCCUAUGUGAAAACACUAAGAGGGCAUGGUCAACCGUCCGACCAGCUCAUGAAUGAUGAUCCUGAACCCUGGGGCUUCAGAGGAGGCCUCUCCGGAGAGUUCCAGAGACUGCUGCCCGGCCACGGGAACAGGGACCUAUUCCGACACCCUCCCAUGACGGCGGUGUACUCCAUACGGCCGUACUGCCCCGAGGACAAGGGGGAGGUGCAGAGGAUUUUUAGGGAGAUGCAGAGAGCAGGAGAGGGCAAAGCCUCUGCGAUGACACAACCUGAGCUUAUAAGUGAUGGUCUGUCAGCAGGUGAAACAUCCCCUUCCUCUCAGUGCGGUUUUGUGCUGGAGGAUGAGAAUGGAGUGUGCGGCUACGCCCUGGCGCUUACCGAUGCAAAACCAGCUGCAGCCAAGGUCCAGAGGGUGAUAAGUGAUUCAGUGCUUAAGGACUUCCCGUCCCUGGUCACCAUGCAGCUGCUGCCCCGGGUCACUGACCCCGCCCCUGCCAAGCGUAUGAUCAGCAGCCUGCUCUCAUCCAUCAGGAGCUCCGGUUCCAGAGGAGUGUUCUGUGAACUGAGGCAGGACGACAGGAGGAUGGUCGACUUUUACACUAAACUGGGCUCCUUCAAAACCAUUAAACCAGCUGGUCUACCUCAAGACGUUCUUGCCAUGGGAGCAAGCUUGUGAGCAAAGUCACCUGGUGUGUUGCCCUCAGGUUUGAAAUGUCCAUCAGAAAAAGGGACCGGCUUGUACAUUAACUGGUAACUGAAACCUGUUUAACCAAUGCAGUCGACCUUUUGAUCAGUUUGAUCAGUUUAUAUCAAAUUUAUCUGUGAAAUGUUAGCAGUUUGUCAAUUUCCACCCCAAAAGGUGAGGCAUUACUUAACAACAAUAAUAAUAAUGGCUUAUGAAAUUUGUAGAACAAGGAAUUAUGUAUGUUGUGGUGUCAAAAGUGUAAGACCACUGAUUUUUUAGAAAUUAAAAGGGUAAAUCAUUUAAUGUAUAGGCAUUAUUUUUUACAUAGUAACACAAAUGUAAUACACAACAUGUAGGUUGUUUUAACCCGGCUUAAUAAAAUUGAUGGCAUAUUGUGUACUGA